AUGGUCCAGAUUACCAGCUCUUGUUUCAUCCCUCUUAUUGCACUGAUCCCGACUUUCCUCAACGGGAUUUUGAGUGAUGUAACUGGAUCAUCUUACUCACCACUCUCGUUUGUCAAUGCGGCUUCUACUCACUCAGACAAUUCUACUGACUUGCAGGCCGGUCUCAUUCACAUGUCACUAAUGAGUGAUGUGGAUGAAGACGAUGCAAGUUUUGUUCAUCCGUGGAUUAAACUUCAACAACACAUGAAUCAUGGUAAGCGUCGUAUGGCCCAAAUGAAGGGCAUGGAUUCUCCUUCAAAGGAAGAAAUGCUGGAUGCUGUGAAGCGUCGUGAGCUUGAUGUGCGCCGUGAAUCUGAAGAUGAUGCCAAAAUGCUAGAUUUUCGUCUCCCACGGAUCAAAUCCAAGCCACAAUCCAUCAAGUCUGACGAGUCAAACACGCGGCCCAAGCGUCGUGACUCCCGCUUUGAUGCUGCGUCGCCCUUUGGCUUAAGCCCACGACGCGCAGGAUUCUCGUCCACGGAAGCCAAAAUGCAGAGCUCAUACUCUGUGACAAAUGCACCUGACGUGUCCGCCAAGAACACUGAAGGCUUGGCUAUUGAAGCAAACGAUGUGGGCUAUUUUGUGGAAGUCAAGAUUGGUUCAUCCGACACGACUUUCAAGAUGCUUGUCGACUCUGGUUCUUCAGACACAUGGGUAACAGGUACAUCUUGCAAGAACUGCGGUCCUUCCUCCCGUCAAAAAAUGGGCAAAUCUUUGUCUCAAUCGCUCAAGACCACGAAUGACAACUUCAAGAUUUCGUACGGCAGUGGAAACGUGGGCGUUACUUUGGUCAAAGAUUCAUUUUCCAUCGCUGGCCUUUCGCUUGACACUUACACGUUUGGUAUGGCUAGCUCGGAGUCAGACGAUUUUGGUGCUGACAAGAUUCCAUUUGAUGGUCUUAUUGGCUUGGGUGGUAGCAGCUUGAGUAUUACGAAACAAGACACUUUGGUCGAUGCUCUUGCUAAAGCCAACAAGAUCAACAAGCCUAUUGUUGGAAUACGCUUAGGUCGUGCCGCUGAUGGCUCAGGAGGUAACAAGGGUCAAAUUACAUUUGGUGGUGUCGAUCAGUCGCAGAUUGACGGUAACUUGAACCAGGUCGAAAAUCAAUCUAAGGAAGGUUAUUGGGCUGUUCAGGUUGACAGUGUUUCACUGGACUCGAACCAGGUAAGCGGCAGUUCAACUGCUGUUCUUGACACUGGUACGUCACUUAUUAUUGCUCCAAAGUCGGCAGCAGACAAGAUCCACGACGCCAUUCCUGGCGCCAAGUCAGAUGGUCACGGUGGUUACACUCUUCCGUGUACUACUCGCAAGAAGCUAUCUUUCAAGAUCUCAGGUACCACCUACACCAUGGAUUCGCGGGACUUACUUUUCGCACCGAAAGACUCAAACAACUUGAAAGGCACAUGCAUCAGUGCAGUAUCUUCAGGUGAAACCAUGGAUGGUGCCAGUUGGCUGCUUGGCGCAGCGUUUCUGAAAAACGUGUACUUUGCGACCAACUCGGACGCCAACCGCAUUGGUCUUGGUAAACUUAAGAAUUAA